UCGAGUUAAAUCAGAAUACUGUACUGGCCUACAUUGCAGGAAUUUGUUGCGAAACUCAGAGUAAUAGAGUAGUAUGCUACAGUAUUUAAAAUGUAAAGUUGGUUAUUUUCCAAGGAAAUAAUCAUUGAAGUAAUCCGACCCCAUCCUUAGCACCAAUUCGUUUUUAUACAGUCUGCCUAUAGGUCUUCUUAUGACUUCACAUUCACAAGCAGUAUGUCUUUUAUUUCUUUUCAUAUCAGACAAGUUGCUUGUCAGCCUGUAAUUACAGACGAAAAUCCGCAGCAGGCUAUUUCUUCUUCCGUUUCAGGCCCAAUCUAAGCAGUGUAGAUUUGUCCUUUCCUCAUCGUUGUUGCGAAUCCUUAGACCAAUAUUUGGCCAGCACCCUUCCCUCCUCCAUCCAAUGGCGUAUGUUAGGGAGGAGUGAAAGGGUUGUUUUAAAAGUUGCAUCUGGCGCUGACCCCUGCAUGAUUCCUGCAACAAAUCUAGAGCCGGCAAAAUGGUUGAAUGGACAGACUUCGAGCGCGCCACCAUCCAGGACAUCUUCGCCAAGAUGGACUAUGACGACGUGGGCCCUGCUGCUCUUUCCAGGUGUUUGGUUGUCUACCCCUGGACUCAGAGGUAUUUUGGCAACUUUGGAAACCUCUACAACGCCGCUGCCAUCACUUCAAACCCGAUGGUUGCAGCUCACGGAAAAGUUGUCCUCCACGGUCUGGACCGGGCUCUGAAGAACAUGGACAACAUCAAGGAAACCUACGCCGAGCUGAGCGUGCUCCACUCCGAUAAACUGCAUGUGGACCCCGACAAUUUCCGGCUGCUGGCCGACUGUCUGACCAUUGUGGUGGCUGCUCGGAUGGGCAAAAACUUCACCGGUGAUGUCCAGGCAGCUUUUCAGAAGUUCCUGGCCGUGGUGGUGUCCUCCCUGGGAAGGCAGUACCACUAGAGAGCUGCAGCAGAAGAGAAGACCAUCACAUGCUGAUCAUGUGUUUAAAAGCUCUUUUUUAAUCAUGCCUCUAAAG